AUGGCGGGCGUGUUCGACAUCGACUUGGACCAGCCUGAGGAUGCGGGUUCGGACGAGGAGCUGGAGGAGGGGGGUCAAUUAAGUGAGAGCAUGGACCAUGGAGGAGUUGGCCAAUAUGACCUUGGCAUGGAACAUUGUGAAAAAUUUGAGAUUUCAGAGACUAGUGUAAACAGAGGUCCAGAAAAGAUCCGCCCAGAGUGCUUUGAGUUACUGCGUGUACUUGGCAAAGGUGGCUAUGGCAAGGUGUUUCAAGUACGAAAAGUAACUGGAGCAAACACUGGGAAAAUAUUUGCCAUGAAAGUUCUUAAAAAGGCAAUGAUUGUAAGGAAUGCAAAGGAUACAGCUCACACAAAAGCAGAGCGGAACAUACUGGAGGAAGUGAAACAUCCCUUCAUUGUAGACUUAAUUUAUGCCUUUCAGACUGGUGGAAAACUCUACCUCAUCCUUGAGUAUCUCAGUGGAGGAGAACUAUUUAUGCAGUUAGAGAGAGAAGGGAUAUUUAUGGAAGACACAGCUUGCUUUUACUUGGCAGAAAUCUCAAUGGCACUGGGGCACUUGCAUCAAAAAGGAAUCAUCUACCGUGAUCUGAAGCCAGAAAAUAUCAUGCUUAAUCAUCAAGGUCAUGUAAAAUUGACUGACUUCGGAUUAUGUAAAGAAUCUAUUCACGAUGGAACAGUCACACACACAUUCUGUGGAACAAUUGAAUACAUGGCCCCUGAAAUCUUGAUGAGGAGUGGGCAUAAUCGUGCUGUGGACUGGUGGAGUUUGGGGGCAUUAAUGUAUGACAUGCUGACUGGAGCACCUCCUUUCACUGGGGAGAACAGAAAGAAAACAAUUGACAAGAUUCUCAAGUGUAAACUCAACUUGCCUCCCUACCUCACACAAGAAGCCAGAGAUCUGCUUAAAAAGCUGCUAAAAAGAAAUGCUGCCUCACGUCUAGGAGCUGGUCCUGGAGAUGCUGGAGAAGUUCAGGCUCACCCGUUCUUCAGACAUAUUAACUGGGAUGAGCUGUUGGCACGAAAGGUGGAACCUCCUUUUAAACCCUUAUUGCAAUCUGAAGAGGAUGUGAGCCAGUUUGAUUCAAAGUUUACACGUCAGACUCCUGUUGAUAGCCCAGAUGACUCUACUCUCAGUGAAAGUGCCAACCAGGUCUUUCUGGGUUUUACGUACGUGGCUCCAUCUGUACUUGAAAGCGUAAAAGAGAAAUUUUCUUUUGAACCAAAAAUUCGAUCACCUCGCAGAUUCAUAGGUAGCCCUAGGACACCAGUCAGCCCUGUAAAGUUUUCCCCUGGGGAGUUCUGGGGAAGAGGUGCUUCUGCCAGCGCAUCGAACACUCAGCCACCUGUGGAAUAUCCAAUGGAGACGAGUGGAAUAGAACAAAUGGAUGUGACAGUCUGUGGAGAGGCCUCGGCACCGCUUCCAAUCCGGCAACCAAACUCUGGGCCAUACAAAAAACAAGCGUUCCCCAUGAUCUCCAAACGACCAGAGCACUUGCGCAUGAAUCUAUGACAACACCAUUUUAGUAAC